AUGAAACCCCCCGAUCCCAAUAACAGCGGCGCGAGCCCGACCUCGAAGGGCCAGAGACUUAGCCAGAAACUGCGUGAUCUCCGGCGCAUCAUGCCCAUCCAUCACCAACACCAUGGUGGCAGGGACGGCAAGUCGGCCAUCGAGCGGGCGGACCUCGAUAACUUUGAGAUUAUCCAUACUCCUGACCGCCCCGUGCGUCCUAUCCUGCCAGAGAACAUCCCCUCCGACGAAGAGUGCCGCUAUCUCCUCUUAGCCAUGCAUGAAGAAGAGGAGGAGAAGAGACGCCGCCGCCGAGCGGCCGAGGAGAGCGAGGCUCGACGACUAGAUUCGCCUCGACUCCGGCAGCCGCUGUCGCCGAUGCCCGCUGAGCGUCGAGCUGCAGACGUCGAACCGGUAGGCCUUUCAUCUCCGAUGGCAUCGCCUCCUGUCUGGAAAGGCAAGGAGGUCAAGCCUUAUCAGACGCCGAGCCUCGACGGCAACUUUGAGAAUCCAAGACCGGCACCCUCGCCGCACCGACACGGCGAUACACCCCGCCGGCCUCAGACGCCGUUGUUUCCUCUAUCACCUCGACCUCGCGCCAGACAUGUCAGCCCGGCGACGGAGAAGCGAGCCGACGCGAAUCUUGCCCCUCCGGUCCGGGCUCCGCUUUUCUCGCCCGGGCCCCCGACACAACCAUCGGCCCCGCCCACGCCACGGCGGAGAUUCGAGUCCGCCGCUACCGGUGAGAGAGCGGCCUAUCCGCAGCGUGUCCCUCGACCGGCGGUAAGCCGCCGGCCUACACAGAAUCCCUACACCGCUCCCUUGGGAAUAUACGCAGGAGCAGCUGCUGCCAGGCCUAGACCUUAUUCGCCCGCGGUAACGAGCCGUCGAAACGCCACCACCAGUCCCACGCACGUCGCGCAGCAGAUGCGGCUCAUCUCCCCGUCCGCCUCGCCGAGAGAGAUAUCCCUCCGCAACACCGAGCCACACGAUAUCUCCACCGCGCCUGACAGACAAGUCGGCGAUGACGGCUACAGCAGUUCCCUAGACAGUGACGACGACGACGACGACGACGACAUCACCCCGACCGCCAGUACCAUGGGCAUGGCCACUCCCAAGUCCACCCCCACGCACGCCUCAAGGAUACAGCUCCAACGGGGCGCGAGCAUGGAAUCAGCCAUGGCCUACAUUAGGCGGCGCAUGGACCACGAAGAAGGAAGCCCCGGGCAGAUGUCGCCCGCCAUGGCACAGCAGCAAAUCCACCCGGCCCUCCAGGCCAAUAGCCACAUCGUGCGCAUCGGCGAGAUCGACCAUCCGCGCUCCCAAGUAGUCCGCGCCGCAGACCAGGGGAGCGAGGGAAAACACCAGUCAUCGUACGUCGGCAACGACGGCUCCUGGGAAGACGACCUGCUCGAGUACUACUGCGACAAUGCCAACUUUACCUCAUCUUACUCCUACUCCUCCUCCGCCGGCGCCGCGAGCUCGGCCCAUCGCCCCAUACCCAUCCUCGAGCAGCGCGCUCAAGAGACAAGCGGCGCUAGCCCUGAAGAAGUGACGUUCGACCUUAGGAAGUUGAUCCGCGACAGCCUGCGAGGCAUAUCGGAGGAGUGGGACGAAGCGAUGGUGGAGAUGGCGGAGAAGGGGCACCAAGAGCAUGAAGUGACGCCCACGUCACCGGUCCUCAGUCGGCUUCCCAAGGCUCUCUGA